AUGGUUAGGAUUGUGAAAGUGUUGACAAAGACCGAUGUCUCUCAAAGACUUGGAGUCACCAAGGAAAUGCUGAAUGAGCUGCCUCUUUACAAUCGAAAGCGUGAUGUCAAACAAAUAGUGCGGGCUUAUAGAGCAAAUUAUCAAUCCAUGGAGAUGGAGCACGACUGUUUUGAGAAAGUGUUGACGGCUAGCGAUGUUAAAAGACUUGGGGUGACCACCACCAUGCUUGAAAUGCUGCCUCCGGAGGAUCCAGAUCGUGAUAUCCCGAUCAGAGUUUUCGACAACCAGAAGCGCAAGGAUUACGAGUUCAAAUUAUCCAGCAGACAACGGGGCAGAUCCAAAAACCCAGUUUUCCAGUCUAGAGGAUGGAGAGUGUUUGCCAAUGACAGAGGGAUUGCAGCUGGGGACGUGCUCUAUUUCUGGGCGGAGGAAGACCCAUUUCAUGGAACUCAAUAUCGCAUUGCACUCUACAAGCCAAAUCUUUUCCCUCAUCUUUAA